CGCGCGCGCAAUCCCGUCUUUGCGGAAGCCAGAAGAGCCGAGGCGGCGCUAAAUUAAAUUAGCAUACUAACUAGUUAGCUGUGCGCCGAUGUGGAUGGACGGCUGAACGGAGCUUCCUGAAGAGACACGCACCUUCUAAAGCCAAGACACCACCGAUUGAGGUCUCAUUUUGUUGGGAUCUUGCUGCCGUCCGCCUGCCGAGGAGAUGGGGGACAAGGCGGGCACCAGAGUUUUCAAGAAGUCGAGCCCCAACUGUAAGGUGACCGUUUACCUGGGAAAGAGAGACUUUGUGGAUCACCUGGACCACGUGGACCCAGUGGAUGGCGUGAUCCUCGUCGACCCCGAGUAUCUGAAGGACAGGAAAGUCUUCGUCACGCUGACCUGUGCGUUUCGAUACGGCCGCGAGGACCUCGACGUGCUCGGUCUGUCUUUCAGGAAGGAUCUCUACAUCUCCACCUUCCAGGCCUUCCCCCCGGUGCCGGAGGAGAGGAAGCCCAACAGUCGGCUGCAGGAGAGGCUGCUGAAGAAGCUCGGCCAGCAUGCACAUCCUUUCUACUUCACUAUUCCUCAGAACCUCCCGUGUUCAGUCACUUUACAGCCUGGCCCAGAGGACACUGGGAAGGCCUGUGGUGUUGACUUUGAGAUCAGAGCUUUCUGUGCCAAGUCAAUAGAAGAGAAGAUUCACAAGAGGAACUCUGUGCGUCUGGUGAUCAGGAAGGUCCAGUAUGCUCCAGAGAAGCCUGGUCCUCAGCCGAUGGUGGAGACGACCCGCAGCUUCCUGAUGUCUGACCGAUCUCUACACCUGGAGGCCUCUCUGGACAAGGAGCUGUAUUACCACGGAGAGCCCAUCAGCGUCAACGUUCACGUCACCAACAACUCUACCAAGACCGUCAAGAGAGUCAAGAUCUCAGUGCGUCAAUAUGCAGACAUCUGCCUCUUCAGUACUGCCCAGUAUAAAUGUCCAGUGGCCCAGCUGGAGGCAGAUGACCAGGUGUCGUCCAGCUCUACCUUCUGCAAGGUGUACACUCUGACCCCGACGCUCGACAAGAACAGAGAGAAGAGAGGACUGGCUCUGGACGGCAAACUCAAACACGAAGACACCAACCUGGCCUCCUCCACCAUUGUGAAGGAUGUCACCAACAAGGAGGUUCUGGGCAUCCUGGUGUCCUAUAGAGUCAAAGUCAAGCUGGUGGUCUCACGUGGAGGAGACGUGUCGGUGGAGCUGCCCUUCAUCUUAAUGCAUCCUAAACCCGUGGAUCCGCCCGUGUCCCGCCCACAGUCAGCUGUACCAGAGAUGGACCCCCCCAUUGACACCAAUUUGAUAGAAUUUGACACAAACAGCAUCUCCCAGGACGAUGACUUUGUGUUUGAGGACUUCGCCCGUCUGCGGCUCAAAGGUGUUGUGGACGACAAGGACGAAGACUGCUAGGAGCUCGCGAACCCCUUCAUACGCUCGCUUUGAAACCACACACAAACACACACACACACACACGCGUUACAUUCCCCCGUGGAGGGGAUGGAUGAGGGCAUGUUAGGAUGGAGGCCUCGCAGGGUCACCAGUGGUGUUCUUCCUCUCUUGCUUCAGCCAUUUUCGCUGCCAUCUGUCAUUACUUUUAGCUGAAGGUUGAAAAAAAAAAGUUGAGCAGCUGCAGGACAGACGUUGACGUGUGAUUCUCUGCUGUUUGUUUGUUUUUUCUGCAUAGUCAGGACGUCCAGGUGUGGGCGGGGCUUGUGACUAACAGACAACGAUUGAUAGGCUGAAAAAGAAAUAAAAAAGUCGCAGCAGCAGAGGCAUUCGUCCUCUUUUACAUUGAAAUCUUUGUUUGAAAGAACAGAAUAUAUAUUUGAAACAGAAAAUUUAUCUUAUAUGAUCAAUUGAGAUCCGUGUUGAGUAGUGAUCGCUGUUUUCUUCGACUAAAUACUGUAGAUAAUUUGUACAUCAUGGCUUAAAGGGGAGGAAACACAACACACACACACACAGUUUCACCAGCAUCCACCGUCGUCACACUCUGAAGCCAGGCGUCCAUUUUGUUUGUCAUGUCGUCACAGUCUCAUAAGUUAAGCUCUCAAAGUUUCCUUUGAUGUAAAACUCGUUCCAUCUCACUGAGGUGAAAGAACCCGAAACGGAUUCGGUCACCGUUUUGUUUUCUGCCAUCAGAUUUCAUGAAAAGACGUAAAUCCAACCACCACACCUGGGAGCAGGUGCACGGAGCUGAUAGGCCUUAGGAUAGGAGCUGGUGCAGGUAAAGUGAGGUCGACAGUCUGGUGUUGGUCUGCGUCGCUGUUGUUGUCCACAAAACAUUAGAGUCACUGCAGGGAAAAGUUUCAAUUCACAAAGUCGGAAGAUUUUGAUGAAAAAGUUCAAGUUCAGUUGAAGAAAAAUGUCCCAACUUUGCGGUCUGUAAAUACGAGUUUUCUAGAAUAAAAUUGGAUUGGAGGAGCCAAAGCUCGCAGCACACCUGGUUAGUUUACCUGUUUAGGAGUGCAAACUCCUUGUUUUGGACUCGGAUGGAACUGAAGGCCCGAGUCGGACCUCGAGCCACUCGACUUGUUCGAGACGUUUGACCUUCGUCUGCUUCGAAUGGGUUCUGCGGGUUCUCCUAGUGGCUUUAAACCUGAGGCUGAACAUAGCAGGAAAGUCUGAUUGGACGGAAUCUGACCAAUCACAGAGCGGUCAGCUGUGACUCGAGUCCACCUGAUCUGAACCGUCGUCAUCAGCUUGUUAAAGGGAAAUUCUGCUUUUACUCACUUUUAGCGGCUUUGCUCUUAAAAUUAUAACUGAACUACAGAAGAGCAUCACGUGAAAACACGAGGCUCUGAGUGAAGAGCUACAACACGUCACUUCCUCUUCACAACACACUUCAGAUAUCUGACCUUCAUUCUCUCAGAUGUUCUUCCUCCCUGUGGGCCCCGACUUUCCAGUCUUCAAGGUCGACAUAUAAAGUACAAAUAACCAAAUUAAAGACAAAAAAGUGCCAUGAAAACAGUAAUAAGAGUAAUAAACCCAGCAGCGUGUCCCUUCAGAUCCUCCACAUUGAACCUCCUCCGCCUCCUCCACCCCCUCAGACAUCCAUCUUUUAAGUUUGACUCUCCUCAUUCAGACUCAGACACGAUGUGAAGGACUUCAGCAGCUCGGGUCUUAUCUUCAGCUCGAUCUUUUCUCUGUGUUCACUCUUCAAAACCGAUGGCUGAAAGUCGUUUUCCAGCGUCCGUUUGUCGUCGUCACGUUCGUCUCUUAACGACUUUUUGUGUUUAUUUUCCCCCCUCAAAAAAACAAAACAAAACAAAAAAAGCUGCACAGAUCAACAUUUUACACGACACGAGCACAGCACUUUCAUUGGACAAAACAAACCCACAGAACUGCAGACGUUAGUUUUGUUGCUCAUUUCAGGAGACGCAGAAGAACCUUUUUUGAUGCUUGGCCAUUUUUUGAAAUCAUUCGAUGUUUUUGAAAAGUUUCGAGGUUUCACACAAACCGACAAACUUUUUACUUUAAUUGCGAAACUGCCAAAAUUCCCUCCCUUCCUCCUCCGCUCAGUCACUGAAGCUGCGACCGUCAGCCAGAAGGGAAGAAGAAGAAGAAGAAGCAUGUUUUUAAUUUCUUCAUUUUAUUUUUCGAGCAGUGCUGUGAAUCGUACGAGCUGUGAUUCUGUCCUUAUUUUGUCGUGCAUAUGUGGGGUAACUUUUGCUAAGUGUGAAAAUAUUUUGACGAAGUGCCACACCCCGGCCUGUGCGAUGCUUACCAUAAUGUCUGUAAAACAGGAAGUGAUUUCUACUGGUGGGACGAACGCCAGAAAAGAUAGAAUUCUGAUUAUUAUGCUUCUGAUUAUUAUUAUGGUGACUAUUAUUAUUACUUCUACUGUAUCAUCAUUGCGACCAUGAUUAUUCUCAAUCAUUUAAGAGUCUGUUGUUUUGCCAUGUAUUUUUUAUUUUGAGAUUUUUAUUUUAGUUUUCUUUUUAUUAUUAAAGGCAAAAUGAACUAACUGA